AUGAAUGACAUUUCACAUAUAAAUGGGGUGGGGGGUGAUCUUGGACUAGAGCCUUAUAUAAGCUUGAAAUACCACAAACUGUUAAUUAACCAUAAAAGUUCAUCUGUGUCAAUCUUAUCAUCACGUGAACAACAGGUGUUCAUUGACAAUAAAAAGAUCUCAGAGCCAAAGAAUCUUCAGUCGUUGAACAACGUGAAAUAUAUCCAAAUACGUGACCAAGUAUCAGUUGAAUGGAUAUACUAUUCGACCAACUUUCCCUCACUGCCACUCUUAACAACGAGGCCCAGUCAUGGAAAGAUUAUCAUCAUCCGUGGUCGUCCCACCAACGGCGUCAAAUUCGCCAUCGCAGUGGAGUGCAAGAGAGACCUGAUUAACGAUGUGGCGCUGUUGUUUGAGGCGGUGCUGAGCACGGACCAUGAAGAAGUACUCAUCAACCACCGAGUCAACGAAGCGUGGGACACAAAUUCGCAGUGCUGCUGCAACGAUAAUUUUCCGUUUGCGAACAACAAGGAGUUCCGGAUGAAACUGGCAAUGAAAGAGCCUACUGCUAAUAUAUUGGUUGACGACAACACGGAGUACCAGAAGACUGACCUUAUGGCCUGCACAGAAGCCUACAUCGUCUGGACGAAUGUGACGGUGACUCAAAUCAUUAUGACUUAAACACUUUGUUACAACGUCGUAUCUUAAAUACUUUGUUACAACGUCGUGUCUUAAACACUUUGUUACAACGUCGUAUCUUAAACACUUUGUUGCAACAUCGUGUCUUAAAUACUUUGUUACAACGUCAUGUCUUAAACACUUUGUUACAACGUCGUGUCUUAAACACUUUGGUACAACGUCGUAUCUUAAACACUUUGUUACAACGUCGUGUCUUAAAUACUUUGUUACAACGUCGUGUCUUUAACACUUUGUUACAACGUCGUGUCUUAAAUACUUUGUUACAACGUCGUGUC